GUUAUUGCUCAGCGGCAGCUCUUACUCAUCUGAAUCUAGGUGGAGCUCCCUCCUUCCCUCCCUGCCGUGUCUCUCCUGAUUAAAAAGCUUUUCUCAAACAUCUGCACAUGCGCUGGUAGGUACCGGCACUCACUUUCCAGGAGCUUUGCAGAAGCACCCAUUGCUUUGUGCGGCUGAGUCCGUGGCAGAGACGGCCAUCCUCGUCCCACCAGCCUCCCCCCUGCCCUGAAAGAUGGUGAAGUACGGCCUCGACUACACACGGUGCAGAUGGAUCCUACCCCUGCUCUUGGGCAUAGGCGUCAUCUUUGGUAUCAUUGCGCUGGCAGGCAGGGGCUGGCUGGAGUCACAGACCUUGCCCUACGUGCACCAAGCGUCGUUAUGGGAGAGCUGCAGGAGGCCUGAGCAGGGUGGGGAAUGGAUGUGCGAGUCCCUCAUGGGUUACGCCUGGGGAAGAGCUGCUGCUGCAACAUACCUGGUUGGCUUUAUACUUCUAGUCAUCUGUUUUGCUCUGGCCAUCAUAGCAUUUGCCAUUGACACACUUCGGUUCAACUUCAUACGCGGGAUUGGAGGCUUGCUUUUUGUUGCUGCUGUGUUCUCCAUCAUGGGCCUGGUCAUUUAUCCAGUAAAGUUCUCGACUGAAAUUGAAAUGACGGGAAUCAAUAUGUUCAGCUGGGCCUAUGGCUUUGGCUGGACCACUGCCAUUAUGGAAAUAUGCUUGGGAUUCUUCUUCUGCUGCCUUCCUAACUAUGAAGAUCAGAUCUUGGGUAAUGUGAAGCCCACAUAUUUUUACUCUUCUCCAUAAGCGCCAGGAAAAAUGCAUUGGUAUUACAGAGAUAUCUGACAGACCAGCUACAUUUUCCAGAAUAUUGUCAUUGGAUGUUAGUCAAAAAGGCUGGAAACUUUUUAAAUGCAUGUAGAAAAAUGGUACUGACAUUCUGCAAUAAAGUUAUCUGCUCUAUUUUGGACCUCCGUAUCUGAUGUGGGUUGGUUAGAUAAAGUCUAAAAAUGAAAAAACUUUCUGUUUCCUCAUUCAUUCCCAUGAGUGGAAUGUAUGUGGAUUUCAUUGUAUUUUAAAUGCAUUCAUACUCCUAAUUAAAUUCAGAAAAUCUUUUUAAACUACCAGUAAACAUAUAUAAUCUUUCUGAAGGAAAGCAGCUCACAAAAAUACCAUUUUGUAUGUAUCAUCUUUAACCUGAAGAUUUUGCAUAUUUUUCAAGAAGGCGAAUACCUUUAUCCACUGACUGCAAAAGUAGUAAAUUAGUCAGACAGCACUUCAUAGCUUUGCUUCUAUUCUUCAUUCAUUCACUUAAGCCGUAGGGAGAGGUUAAGGAAAAAGAUAAGAGAAAUCCCCCUACCAAAGCCAGCAUCUUGACUUUUACCCAUCCAUGUGGAAUCUAAGUAUUUAUUUCUAAAUAUUUGUAAGAGUAACCAAGGAUCAUCAGUAAACCCUUAAAAAUCCUGGCAUGCUGUUGCUGGGGCCAGCACAGAGCAGACAGAAGCAGAGGGGAUUUCAAGCCACCCCUGCAACCUACAGACCUGGUUUGAAGAGGCUCCUGGUGUGGCUUUCUUCAUGGGCAUCUGCCUCUUUUAUCUGGUGUAGCAAAAUCUAUGGCUUUAAAAACCUCUGUUAUAUUGGUCCAGCAAUUCUGUCCAGCUUAGAAGGGUCAGGAAGGACUUAAGCAGAGGUAUGAUUCCCCUACACAUCAGAGGUUGAGCUGGAGCAUUGUGAGUGUAGGUAUCAAACAUUUGUUAAAAGGCCCCUUUUUCAUUGCUCUGAUGCUCGUAUUUUAAAAGUGGAAAGUGUAUACUGUCAUACAUAACUGUAAAAUGCAUAGAUACCCCUUACUGCCUCAUACUAAGGUUCUCAUAGAGAAAAUCACAUCGUAAAACACCUUUCAGUAUCUUGUACUCUAUAGUGUUGCAAGCCUCAAUAUAUUGCAGCAACAAAGUCUACUCAAGACUCUGCUGGUUUCUGACUUGUUAAUCCUAACUUUAUAAUGUUCCAUUUCUUCUCUUAAGUGAAAAAAAUGGAUAAUUUUGCUAUGUGGAAAAUCCUUAGCUAAAGGAUUAUUAGCUUGUAAUAUAUCUGCAAUUUUGUAACUAUGUGUACUUUACAAAAAGUGCCUUGCCAGAUGUUCUUUGCUGCAAAGAAUGAGAAGUAGAAAUUUUUUUUAGUAAAACUUCUGGUUAGCUAAAACUAAUAAAGGUACAGGACUUAACCUGUUUUUUUUUUGAAGCAGUUAACUCCAUUCUCUUUUACGGAUUGCCUUCUAAAUUUGAAUAAACAUGAGAGAUGUACCAGACCAAUGGGGAGAGUAUCUGCAACGGGGACUAGUCAGACAAGAGUUUGCAAAUAAAUUAAGAUGUUUCCUAGUUGGAAGGAAAUUAAAAUGCAGUAGUGUUGAGAAAGCAGUUUGUAUAAAAUGGCUUGCAAUUCUUUGUGUAAUACUAUCUGUUCAGGAUAAAAUUUAUCAUAAAUCUUUUCAUUAUGCUUAGCAUACCUAAUAAAUUAUGGUAUCUAUGUAUUAUUUCAAAAA